GAUUGGCCUGAGCUGAACAAUGCCACUGUGAUGUCGGCCCACACCUGCUGUGAAAUGGAGGCUCCCGAGCCCCAGGCAUCAGUGGAGCUGCCGUCCAGAUACAGAUCAUGAGUGGCGGGUAUGAUCUCAACCUCUUUGCCAGCCCUCCCGACUGCAACUUCCUGUGCUCCGUCUGCCAUGGGGUUCUCAAGAGGCCAGUAAGGUUGCCAUGUAGCCACAUCUUCUGCAAAAAGUGCAUCCUCCGGUGGCUAGCCAGACAAAACACCUGUCCAUGCUGCAGGAAAGAGGUGAAAAGGAAAAAGAUGGUCCAUGUGAAUAAACUCCGGAAAACCAUUGGCCGCCUAGAAGUCAAGUGCAAGAACGCUGAGGCUGGCUGUUUGGUGACAUGCCCCCUGGCCCAUCGCAAGGGACAUCAGGACUCAUGCCCCUUUGAGCUGAUGGCCUGCCCCAACGAGGGCUGCUCUGCGCGAGUGCCACGUGGGGACCUGGCUGAGCACCAGCAGCACUGCCAGCAAGGUGGUGAGCAGCUUUGCCUCUUGGGCUGCGGGGCCACCCUGGGCCCAGCUGAACGUGCACGCCACAACUGCUACCGAGAACUACGCGAGGCCUGGAGCGAGCGCCAGGAGCGCAGCCGGACUCUGCUGCUAAGUCUGCUGCGGCGUGUGCGCCGGGUGCACCGCACCACCAACCUCAUCCGCCGGCAACUGGCCCAGCUAGGCAACUUCCUGGAGGAGGAUGACGCCCUGCUCCUGGGCACUGUGCAGGAGACUGAGGCCACCCCAGUGGGCAGUACUGACGCUGAGGUGUGGGGGUCCAGGGCCAGCGUGCCUUGUAAAUACAAGGGCAAAUAAAUGCUGAGCCCAAGCCGGGCCUAUCUCACCGCCUCUGUGCCUGCUAGCCUCAUACCCUGUGCCCAUUCCCCAGGCCCCCUUGCUCUUCAUUUGGCUAUUUCUUUUCUCUCAAUGUCUCUUCUCCCAAUCUCAACUCCAGUUGCUUCCUAUCAAUUUGUUUUACCAGUUUUGUAGCCUGUAGCAUGAAUGGCUCAAAAUCGUUAACUCAGUAAAAGCCAGUUCUCAGUAGCUCAG